CUGCUCGAUCCCGUGUUUUCGGAAGCACAAAGAAGUGCCGUGCGACGUAGAAAAGAUUUCAACAGAGGCUCCCGUGGACUCCGCAACCAAUGCUAAAAACGUAUCAGAUACCUCACAUACAGGGGAACAGCAACGACCACAAGCAACCGAUGAUUUGAAAGCAGAAUCUGCAGAGUCGUCAACGCCAGCAGUAGCGAAUACAACCAAUCCGAUCACUUCGAUAGAGAGCAGUAGUACAGAUGCGGAGCACAUGCGCGCAGACACUACUGUCACUUCACGGACGGAUAAAGAUGUCGUAACCGAUGCCAUCGACAGCAAACCCAAGGGUGGAUUUGUUGUGCCGAAGGAUGCGGAAGUGCCUCAGGAUGCGCUCAAUAGCUUAGGUGAGAAUGGUGCAUUGAAGGAUCUAUUACAAGCCAAUCCGGAUCUGCGUACACUCCUGACACUCAUCAAUUCGGACUCUAGCACGAAAGAUACAGUUUACCUCAACGGUUUAAUGGCGGAGGCUAUGGAGAAUCCAAACUUUCAACAGUUCGCACAGCUCUGCAUGGGAUCAAUACAGCAAGCAAUAUGAUUCAAAUCUGCGUGUUCUAUUAUGGACCAUGGUAAGAAAACGUAGACUCAUUGAGAGCUGUCGGUGGUUUAUUAGGCACCCAUCUGAGCCGAGAAAAUCGAGAUUAUCAACCCUUUACCCUUGCCUGGCGAACAACCUUACCAAGAUAACAAGAAAUAGAAAAUAGUGCUGGACAAAAUAUGGAGGAAAUAAAAUUAGAAAUUAGUCAAAAGGAAUUAAAUGGUCCAAAAU